GGCUAGAGACGGGUCCGAGUGUUGCAUCCUUGGAAACAGUAGGUCCCAACGUUCUGCUGCCUGGAUGUUGCUUUGGUCUUUGAGAGCUUAACUCAAAAUUCCCUGGUCACAUGGAGGACCUCCUUGUCUGGGAUAGAGGAGACUGAAAGAUCCUUAACUUGAACUUCAGAGGGGAUAAACAUGGCUUAAACGUGAAAGGCAAAGCCCCAUUUUCCAGAGGCUGAAUAAUAGUCGCCUGAAAUCUUUAAGACAAGCGACAAGUAUUUAAGAGACCACGGAUACAGUGUUAAGUUAAGAAUCUGAGGAGACCAGCUACUGUGGCAAGAGGCCAGCCUGCCCUAUUGAAGGAAAGUGGAAGCAUAAUACUAUCCAAACAUUCAAAAUGGUAAUGCAACAGUACCUCCUAACCUACACAGGAGUAGUGUUUGCUCUGUACCUUCAUCAUAUCAUCAGAGCCAUCGAAGUUCCCCUGGAUCCAAAUAUUCAGAAUGAAUUGCCUCAGCCUCCCACGAUUACAAAGCAGUCUGUGAAGGAUUAUAUUGUAGACCCAAGGGAUAACAUCUUCAUUGACUGUGAAGCCAAAGGGAACCCCGUUCCUACUUUUUCUUGGACACGGAAUGGGAAGUUCUUCAACGUGGCCAAGGACCCGAAGGUCUCGAUGCAACGCAGGUCGGGGACGCUGGUCAUCGACUUCCGCGGCGGUGGGAGGCCGGAGGAUUAUGAGGGGGAAUACCAGUGCUCUGCUCGAAACGAGUACGGGACGGCGCUCUCCAGCAAAAUCCUCCUGCAGGUUUCCAGGUCUCCCUUGUGGCCAAAGGAACAUUUGGACCUUGUAGAGAUCGAUGAAGGAUCCCCACUGACUUUAAAAUGCAACCCACCCCCUGGGCUGCCGCCUCCUGUUGUCUUCUGGAUGAGCAGCUCCAUGGAGCCAAUCCACCAAGACAAGCGCGUCUCCCAGGGCCAGAACGGCGACUUAUACUUCUCCAACGUUCUGCUGCAGGACGCCCAAACUGACUACAGCUGUAACGCGCGCUUCCACUUCACCCACACCAUCCAGCAGAAAAACCCUUACACGCUCAAGAUCCAAACCAAGAAUCCCCAUAAUGAAACGUCUUUUCGAAAUCACACUGACAUGUACAGUGCCCGAGGGGUUAUGGAAACGACCCCCAGCUUCAUGUAUCCCUACGGGACCUCAAGCAACCAGAUAGUGCUGAGAGGGGUGGACCUCUUACUCGAGUGCAUUGCUUCAGGAGUACCAGCACCAGAUAUCAUGUGGCACAAGAAAGGCGGAGAGCUCCCAACAGACAAAACCAAGUUGGAAAAUUUUAACAAGGCCCUUCGCAUCACCAACGUCUCUGAGGAAGACUCUGGGGAAUACUUCUGCUUAGCGUCCAACAAAAUGGGCAGCAUCCGCCACACUAUCUCAGUGAGAGUGAAGGCGGCCCCUUACUGGUUGGACGAACCACAGAACCUUAUUUUGGCCCCCGCUGAGGAUGGUAGACUCGUGUGUCGAGCCAACGGGAACCCGAAGCCUACAAUCCAGUGGCUGGUGAAUGGAGAGCCCAUAGAAUCUGCUCCUCCCAACCCAAGUCGGGAAGUGGCCGGAGACACCAUUGUAUUUCGGGAUACCCAGAUUGGCAGCAGUGCCGUGUACCAAUGUAACGCUUCCAACGAACAUGGCUACCUUCUGGCUAAUGCCUUCGUCAGUGUUCUGGAUGUGCCUCCCCGGAUUCUUGCCCCACGGAACCAGCUGAUCAAAGUGAUUCAGUACAACAGGACCCGCCUUGACUGCCCGUUCUUUGGCUCCCCGAUCCCCACUUUGCGCUGGUUUAAGAAUGGUCAGGGAAGCGCCCUGGAUGGAGAGAACUACCAGAGGCAUGAAAAUGGGAGCUUGGAAAUAAACAUGGCUCGGAAGGAGGACCAGGGAAUCUACACCUGCGUCGCCACCAACAUUCUGGGUAAAGCAGAGAACCAGGUUCGUUUGGAGAUCAAAGACCCAACUAGGAUCGUGAGAGGGCCAGAAGAUCUGAUUGUAAAGAGGGGCUCCCUGGUUCGAUUAGACUGCCGUAUAAAACAUGACUCUACGCUGAAACUCACAGUCACCUGGCUGAAAGAUGAUACGCCUCUAUACAUUGGAAACAGGAUGAAGAAGGAAGAUGACGGUUUGAUAAUCUAUGGCGUGGCUGAAAAAGAUCAAGGAGAUUAUACGUGUGUAGCCACUACUGAACUGGACAAAGACUCUGCCAAAGCAUUCCUCACCGUGCUAGCUGUCGUGUCUGCUCCAACUAAUCGUAUGACAGCCUUACCCAAAGAACGACCUGAGCGGCCUCGUGACCUGGAGCUGACAGACCUGGCGGAAAGGAGUGUGCGCUUGACAUGGAUACCCGGUGAUGACAAUAACAGCCCGAUCACAGAUUACGUGGUUCAGUUUGAAGAGGACAAGUUCCAACCUGGGUUGUGGCAUAACCAUUCCCGUUACCCAGGGAGCGUGAACUCAGCUGUUCUGCGCCUCUCGCCCUAUGUCAACUACCAGUUCCGAGUGAUAGCUGUGAACGAAGUGGGGAGCAGCCUGCCCAGCCUUCCCUCUGAACGAUACCAUACUAUUGGGGCAAGUCCAGAAAUCAACCCAACAGGAGUUCAAGGAGCAGGGACUCAGAAAAACAACAUGGAGAUAACUUGGACACCACUGAAUGCGACUCAAGCUUAUGGGCCCAACCUCAGGUACAUAGUGAAGUGGAGGCAAAGGGAAUCGCGGGAGAGCUGGAGCAAUGAGACAGUGAGAACCACAAGGCAUGUUGUCUGGAAUACACCCAUCUAUGUGCCCUAUGAGAUCAAAGUGCAAGCAGAGAACGACUUCGGGAGAGCUCCAGAGCCUGACAUUAUCAUCGGCUACUCAGGGGAAGAUUAUCCCAAGGCUCCCCCCACUGAUAUUAGGCUAAAAGUUAUAAACAGCACGGCAGUCAGUCUCCAAUGGAGCCGAGUAUACCCGGAUACCAUCCAGGGACAACUUAAGGAAUACAGAGCCUAUUUCUGGAGAGAAAGUAGUUUGCUGAAGAACCUGUGGGUCUCCAAAAAAAGGCAGUCUGUGGGUUUUGUUGGAGACCGACCAAGGGGCAUAGUGUCCCGGCUGUUUCCUUACAGCAACUACAAACUGGAGAUGGUUGUAGUCAACGGGAGAGGAGAUGGGCCUCGGAGUGAAAUUAAGGAGUUCACAACACCUGAAGGAGUACCCAGUGUCCCCAGGUAUUUCAGAAUCCGACAGCCUAACCUGGAAACCAUCACUUUGGAAUGGGGCCACCCUGAACAUCCCAAUGGAAUUAUCACUGGAUACAACCUUAGAUACCAAGCCUUUAAUGGAACCAAAACGGGCAGAACGCUGGUAGAGACCUUCUCCCCCAACCAAACAAGGUUUACGCUCCAGAGGACAGACCCCAUAUCGCGCUAUAGAUUCUUCCUGCGUGCUAGGACACAGGUGGGAGAUGGAGAAUCCAUUGUGGAAGAGUCGCCAGCCCCACUGAAUGAAGCCACUCCAACCCCAGCUGCAACCUCGUUGCCUACAACUACAGUCAGUCUAACCAGCACUACAACCAUCGCCACAACCACCACCACAGCUGCCACAACCACUACAACCGUCGCCAGCACUACAACCACUACGGAGAGUGCUCCGACAGCCACCACUAAGCAGGACUUUGCCACGAAUGGAUCAUCCAUAUGGAACGUAAAAGCUUUCACUAACAGUAACUGGGCAAACAUCACCUGGAGCCACAAUUUUUCUGCUGGAACUGACUUUGUGGUUGAGUAUAUCACCAGUAACAAUACAGUGAGAUCUAUCCCUGUUAAAGCUCAGACCCCUUCCUCUGUGCAGCUGGCUGACCUGACCCCCGGGAUGACGUACCAGUUGUGGGUUUUUCCCAAAUGGUCUAGCCCCAGUGAAAACUCUUACAUAACCUUUACGACAAGCUCAGCUUAUACCAAGAACCACGUGGACAUUGCAACCCAGGGCUGGUUUAUUGGGCUGAUGUGUGCCAUUGCGCUUCUGGUUCUGAUUUUGUUGAUAGUGUGCUUCAUUAAGAGAAGCAGAGGCGGGAAAUAUCCAGUGCGUGAAAAAGUUGAAGUCCUAGAUCAUGAAGACCACAAAGUAGAUGAUCCAUCAUUUGACUACAGGUCUCUUGAAAGCGAUGAAGACAACAAAGAACCACCAGGUAGCCACACCUCCUUGGACGGCACCAUAAAGCAGGAAAGCGACGAUAGCUUGGUGGAUUAUGGAGAAGGGGGCGAAGGGCAGUUCAACGAGGACGGCUCCUUUAUUGGCCAGUACACAGUCAAGAAGGACAAAGAGGAGACAGAAGGCAACGAGAGUUCGGAAGCCACAUCCCCCGUCAAUGCUAUCUACUCCCUGGCGUAACAAAAUACAUUGAAACCACAACGACAAAUAUAUACAUAGCCGAUGGGGGUAAAACCGCCGCCACCAACAGGAACCCGAGUAUGAAAAAAAAAAACUACGAAAAAAGAUCAAACAAAACCAGACCAGUCCAGGUGGUCACCAAU